AUGGGCGGAUUUUCGAUUUUCUCGCGAAACACAAAGCCGACGUACGCGAAAGUGAGCACGAUGGACGCGGAUCUCGAGAAGAUUGUCAUCGAGAAGACGUGGACGGGCAGACAUUUAUUCGAGGCCGUUUGCCGCAUCAUCGGGCUCCGCGAGACGUGGUACUUUGGUCUGCAGUUCACGAACAAAAAGAGCAUUCCGUGCUGGCUGCAAAACGAUAAAACUGUACGUUUUUUUUUGACGAAAUACGGACAAAUUAAGCCGUUUUAGUUUUCUGGACUUUUGGGGACCACUUUCAAUGAUCCGAUCGGCACCAAACUUUGCAGACUUUUUGGACUUGGAUUGAAGUAUAUUGGGCCCAAGUUUCAGACCGAACCGAUCAUCCGGUCCCGAGAUAUGGCCGAGUUUUUGUAAAGACUCGGCCUUUUCGGGACCAGAAAGUCCGAUCGGUCUGAAACUUGGCCCCAAUAUACUCCAACCCAAGUCCAAGAGGCCUGCAAAGUUUGGUCCCGAUCGGAUCAUUGCAAGUGGUCCCCAAAAGUCUAAAGGAGGCCUUCAAAAAGUACGAAAAACCUAUCAUUGUUCUCUCUUGCAGAUUUACGGUCAAGACGUGCAAAAAGACGCGGACGGCAGUUUCCACUUUCUGUUCCUCGUCAAGUUCUAUCCGGAAGACGUCGAACCGGAAAUCAUUCUCGACGUCACGCGACACUUGUUCUUCCUCCAAAUCCGCGAAGCGAUACUGUCGAUGAACCUCUACUGCUCGCCGGAAGCCAGUGUUCUGCUCGCCAGUUUUGCCGUUCAGGCUAUGGUACGUUGGUAUCGUUUUGCGAAUGUUUUGAGCACAAUCUUUGCGUCGCAUACUUCAACUUUUCAAUAGACAACUUUUCGCUACGAGCCCGCUCUGGCCUACUGUAACGCUUGGUCAGAGAUGUUGGGAAUUCCGUGUUCCGUGUUUCGUGUUCCGUGUUCCGCGUUUUUUUCAAUAUUUUUUCCGUGUUCCGUGUUCCGUAAAAAAAAAAAUUCCGUGUUCCGUGUUCCGUGUUCCGUAGAAAUAAGUUUUUUCCGUUUUCCGUGUUCCGUGUUCCGUGUUCCGUAGAAAUAAGUUUUUUCCGUUUUCCGUGUUCCGUGUUCCGUAUAAAUUAUAUUUUCCGCGGAAAAAUGCUCGCCUCGUAGAUUAAAUUUAUCUCCGGAAAGAUUAGGACAAUUGACGUUUUGUGGUCAAAAUUUGAAAAUUUUCGGAUUCGGACCAUAUUCGUGAAAAGUGGAUUCCAUUUUCAGUCGUUUUUUACUGUAGUUGUUUACUGUUGUGUUGUUGGUUUUGUUAUUUUUAUGAAAUUUUCAGUAAAACUUUCACAUGAGUCAAACAGCUGCCUUGUCACUCAGAUAAUCGAAUUAAACAAAACAUUGUUUUAAAAAAAUCACUGGAAUUCUCUUGAAAACGCUUUUUUCCGUGUUCCGUAAAAAAAAAAUUUUCCGUGAUCCGUGUUCCGUGUUCCGUAGAAAUAAGUUUUUUCCGUUUUCCGUGUUCCGUGUUCCGAAAAAAAAAAAUUUUCCGUGUUCCGUGUUCCGUAGAGUAAAAUUUUUAUUUUAUUUUAUUUUUUUUUAAUAAAGUACUAGACGUGAAGAUUUCACACGCAAAAAAAUUGAGAGCCACAGUCUUCCCUAAACUCUCGAAAGCCAAUGUUCCAGCACGGCGACUGUUCCGACGACGGCGGUCCGAUCGAUCUGGACAAGCACUUGCCGAAAAGUGUGAUCGAUCAGUACGACAUGAGCGCGGAGAUGUGGCGCGAUCGCAUCAAACGCUGGUGGUCGCGCAAUUCCGGACAAUCGAGAGAGGAGGCCGAGUUGGAGUAUUUGCGCGUGGCGCAGGAUUUGGAGAUGUACGGCAUACUCUACUAUCCGAUUUGUGUAAGCGGCGAAAACCGACAAUAUUUUUGUGUCGGCAAUAGCGAAUCUAUCGUAUUCUAUUGUAGAACAACAAAGAAACGGACCUGCACUUGGGCAUAUCGGCUCAAGGAUUGGGCAUUUAUAAGGGAGUGAAUCGAAUAACGCCUCGACCGUUUUUCAGUUGGAGCGAGAUUAAAAAUAUUCAAUUUAAGGCGAAAAAGGUUGAAAUGACCGAGAAAUUGUCGCAAUUUGAACACAAUCCUAGUUCAGUUUCACAUGAAAACCGUGGACAAGUCGACAAUAUCGUUUCGGUCUCGAGAAAGUUCCAUCGAUUCGUCGAUCCUCGACCUGUGUAUAGGAACCCACAAUUUGUACUUGCGACGGAGACAGCCGGACACUCUCGAGGUACGCUGCCGACCGUUUCAAAACCGCCACGGCGACCAAAAAAAAACAUAGAAAGGGGCGUGGCCUCGGCGGCUCCCAGGGCGCUAAUGCUAAACACAGUGCGCUCGUAACUUGCGGAGUGUCGUUGUAACUUUUGAAAAUUUGCGCAGGUCUAAAAAUGCAGUUCAAUUCGAGUUUACGACCAUUAUUUCCUUCUUUUUGACUUGAAAAACGUCUAGAAUACAAUAUUUUACUGAUUGGAAACCGUUCUUUACAGAAUUUAGAGUUUUUCAUGUUUUUCGCAUUUCGUCAAAACUUCAAACCUUUAUAUUUCAGCUCAUUUUGCAUUUCAUGAGCCCAACGAACAAUAAAAAUGUUCGCUGAAUCUUUCUUCACAAAAUUCAGGUUCCUGCGGUUGGUUUUCUUGAGCAGUUUUCGAAAACUAUUCGAAAAACAUCAAAAUCCAGGCCAAAACCUUCAAAUCGAAAUAACUCGUCUAAUUCUCAACGAUAUGUGAGAUUUCUGUUACCAAAACGUAGCUAGUGCUCUAAUUAUUAGAAUCCAGGUUCCGGGCGUACAAAAAAAUAGGUGUAUUGUACAGAAAACAUGGAAAGAACGCGAACUCCCGUUGAAAAUUAAUUAAUCGGCCGCCGCCGCGUAAAUCGACACAGCCCGCCCGUUGCAAGUGCGCCCCAUUGAAAUAAUUCGCGCCGAGGGAGACCGUGGCACGAUUUAUCACCAUUUUGGCGCGAAAUUUAAAAUUAAACCCCAUUUUCCAUGUUUUUCGUCAAAAAAUUACCCAAAUUUUGUACGAUUUCGAUAAUAUAAUCGCAUAACUUUGUUAAACUAAUCAUCGCGCGCACUUUUUGAGCUUAAAACGAGCAGGUUUCAUUCAGAAAUUAAUCAAUUGAAUCGAUUUUCAAGUUUUGUGCUGAAAAUGCGCGAAUUUCAGUCAUUCGCCGAUACUUUUUGCCGUUUGAACGCUUAAAAUACUUGUACCACGGCGACCAAAAGUGUAGAAAGGGGCGUGGCCUAAUCUGAGACGCGUUUUCUGAAAAUUGCCGCAAUUCCAGAACUUUUCCGAUAUUUUUGUGUGUUGAUAUCGACGAAAGAAGAGACAUUAAACAGAGAAAACAUUGAAAUCUUCGUGAAAACGCCGCGUUUGAGACGUUUUUGGCAUAUUUCGCAAUUUCGGCCAAUCGCCGCCGCAAUUUCGGAAUUUUCAUAGCGGCCGAUGUGGAUAGUUUUGAGACGAAGUGAGUGUCGGAAGUGAUUAAGCACGUUAAUACAAGUAUUUUAAGCGUUCAAACGGCAAAAAGUAUCGGCGAAUGACUGAACUUCGCGCAUUUUCAGCACAAAACUUGAAAAUCGAUUCAAUUGAUUCAUUUCUGAAUGAAACCUGCUCGUUUUAAGCUCAAAAAGCGCGCGCGAUGAUUAGUUUAACAAAGUUAUGCAAUUACAUCGUCGAAAUCGUACAAAAUUCGGGUAAUUUUUGACGAAAAACAUGAAAAAUGGGGUUAAAUUUCGAAUUUCGCGCCAAAAUGGUGACAAAACCGUGCACGCUAGGCCACGCCCCUUUCUACGUUUUUUUUUGGUCGCCGUGAUAACUUUUUGCAAAAAACGCGGCGUUUAGGUGCAACAAAUGCGCUCGCAGGCGAAAGAGGACAAGCAGCGGCGGAUGCAGGAGAUGGCGAAACUGUCGUCGGAGCGGAAAGAGCGCGCGCAGAUGGAGAAGGAGUGCAAAGAGCUGAAGCAGCAGGUCGAAUUGAUGGCCGUCGAGCUGAUGAAGGCGCAGGAGAGCAUCCGGAAGGCCGAGGAGGCGAACGAUCAGCUGGCGGAGAAGGCGCGGCACAGCGAGCACGAGACGCUGAUGCUGUACAAGCAGAAGAGCGAGGUGGAGGCCGAGUGCAAUCGGCUGAGUAUGAGCAAUCUGAAGGUUUCGUUCGUAGACGACACUUCCCCCACCGUAUGCCCCGUCAAUUUCAGUCCGAAGAGGCGCUUCUUCGAAUGGAGCGAAAGGCCCGGGAAGCGGAGAUUCUCGCCAAGCAAAUGUCAAUGUCGCUGGCCGACGUGAGCUUGGACGUCAAUCGAAAGUCACAGUACUCGAGUCAAACCGCCCUGGUUAUUGACCCGGUAAGUGAUUGGUUACGGUAUUGGGACGGUAUUCGAUUACGGUAGCUACGACAGAAUUGGCAUCCGCAACAACAAGGACCAGGCCAUCACGGAAUGAGCACCACUGGAUCGUUUCAUCAGCUGCAGUCUCUCGACAGUACGUGCGUGUAUUGUAGAUCGCGGAGACGUGCUAUGGCUCUGAAAAUUUUUGAGCAAAAUCUUGACGUCUAGUACUACACAUUUGUUGUUGAUCACUUCUUUCUGGGGCCACUUCUAAGCCUACUGUAGCUCUUGGAAGUUGGGACCACUUGAGAUGCUUCAAACGGCUACCGUACUCUUCGGAGUGAGUCUAGAGAAAUGUUGUCAAUUACAAAAAUACAGUACUCAAUAUGAACUCAAGUUUACUAGUUGACAAUAUUCUUGUACAAUCGCUGCCAAGACUACUGUAGCUCUGGAAAGUUAUCCAAAUGCUUACAAAUACCCGCUUCACUUCCAAGAGCUACAGUACUCCAGGAAGUAGGUGUAGAAAAAAGUUGUCAAUGGCAAAAGUAUAGUGCGAAACGUCGACUUCAUUUUUGUAGUUGGUCAAUUUUUGCUAGCACCCCCCUGAAGACCAUUUUUUUUUUGUUGUUGCAGACAACGUACACCCGCAACAAAUGAUGUCUCGGAGUCUGAACAUGCCGUCGGCGUUCUCCUCGCCGGUCCCUUCCGCUCAACCACAACCCCAAUCGCAUCCGCCUCCGCACCAACAUCAGAAUCCAAGUGGUGCACAACAUCAACAGCAGCAUCCGCCGGGACCACCACAGCAGCAACCAAAAGGACCGCCGCCGCCGCCGCCGCCGCAACAGCCUCCUUACUACGGAUCCGGUCUGAUCUUGGCGCCACCCCCUCCGGACCCGUCGAUCAGUCAGAUUUUCGAGCAGCAGACGAUCAUGUUGGAACUGGAAAAGUCCAGGUACUACUAUUGAUUUUUUUUUUGAGUUUUUGUUUUGCGACAAGACCAAAACUGGUUCAGGACCGAGUACGAGAAGCGAGCGCGGAUUUUCAAAGAGCAUCUCGAGGAGCUGCGCGGUGAUAUCGAUGGGCUCAAACGGGAAAAUGUGAACGGAGUGCACCGGGAGCAUGACGCGAUUCAUGCGCAGAACGUGGCGCACGGCUUCGACAAGUUCACCACGAUGAGAAUGGUGAGCCACGUUUAAACGUGUACUGUAGCGCGCCGAAGACGUUCUAUCACUUUUUAAAUUUUUUGAGCAUAAUCUUGAAGUCUAGUACUAUAUUUUUGUAGUUGACCGUUUUACUCUAAAACCACUUUGAAGAGUACUGUAGGUGUUGGAAGUUAAGAGUGAUUUGAGAGCAUCUCAAGUGGUCCCAACUUCCAAGAGCUACAGUACUCCAGGGAGUGGUUGUAGAAAAAAGGUGUCGACUACAAAAGUACAGUGCUCAAUGAGCACUAAAUUUCAUUAAUUGCCCAUAUUCGUGUACAAUCACUCCCAAGACUACUGUAGCUCUCGAAAGUUCGGAGUGCUUUGAGAGCAUCUAAAGUGGUCCCCAACUCCGCAGAAAAAGUCGAAAAGCGCGAGUUCGAUCGGCUCCGGCUCUCCCGAGCCUACCGUAUUCGCGGUGCCACGUGUCUCGCCGAGCAUUCAGAGUAUGCGAAAGUUUAUGCGUCAGCAGCGCUCCGAUGACGUGGCGCCAGCCGAUUGGUGCGUCGAGGCGGACGUUUGGUGAGGAAAACGAGUGUGUGUGUGUGCGCUAUUUUUUCAGAGUGUCGUACUGGAAAUGACUGAAAAUGCAUGGAAUUUGCGAGCUCUAACACUCGGAAAAAAUGCUCUUCAAAAUUUGACUAUUUUCGUUGCAGAGCAUGCGCGGAACUCCACGACAACGAGCACAGGCUUUCGACGGAAUGUGAUCGCCAUUUUGUUCGAAAAUAUGAAACGAUAAUAUCGCAUUUUUACGAGCUCAACACGUUUGAUUUUUGGUAUUUUCCGAGAUUUUUCAAUCAAGUGCCUUUUAUCGAUUUUUUUCGUGCAUAGUGUGUACAUAUCGUUUUUUUUAUAAAAUAAAACUAGCGAACUAUUUUAUCGAUUUUUCUCACAUUCCCCAAGCCACUUUUGCAUCGUUUCAAUAUCUCGUUUCUUUUCUAUUAAAAAACGUUGUUGAUUUGUUUGCAAAAAAGCACAAAUUGCAGAGACAUGUUACAAAAGAUCAACGUUUUUGUGUAUGGAACGCUGAAAACUGGCGAGCCAAAUCAUAAAGUUUUGUCGGAAACCGACGGCGAAUAUCGGUACGUUUCGAAAUUUGCGGGAAAAAACGCUAAAAACCGCAAAGCGACGUAGAGUAUGGUGUCGGGUACGCAAACACCGCACUCGCACACAUUUGCCGCUACCGCAACACGGAAAAUGCACGCUUUUUCAGCUUCAUUUCAUCGGGAUCGACGGCGCAACGAUUUCCGCUCGUCGUCGGCACCAAAUUCAACAUUCCGUUUUUGCUCGACGAGCCGGGAAAGGGAAAUGUGAGUGAGAAGCGGAAAAGUACCCAAAAAUUGAGUUUAUUAGCCAGCAAAAAGUAA